AUGGAUAUCAUGGGUCAUGAUUCCAGAAGGCAGAAGAAGAGGUUUGCGACAAUGAAAAGUGUUGGCAUGAAGCUGAUCCCCUUUUUGAAAACCUCCUGCAUUUACUUUGUGCUGUGGCUUCCCACCUCUAACCCAUCGUGGUUCAGUGCGCUGAUUAAAUGUCUGCCCGUUCUAUGCCUGUGUUUCUUCGUGUUGGCACACAGCAUCAGCCGGGGGGUACAUCGACCCUACGCCAAGAAAGUCCUGGUCGCUCUCCUGUUCUCGGUGCUUGGUGAUGUGUUCCUGACAUGGGGCGACCAAGGUUUCUUCAUCCACGGAAUGUUGAUGUUCGGAAUCUCACACCUACUGUACACUUGGGCUUUCGGACUGCGGCCACUGAGGCUCUGGAUAGCUCUAAUGUUGCUGCUGCUCAGCGUGAUCUACUACGUUGCUGUCUACUCUUACCUGAGAGGCCCCAUGAUCUACGCCAUGGCGGGCUACAUCGUGAUGCUGGGUCUGAUGAGUUGGCGAGCCUUGGCGCGCGUGGCUUGCUCUAGUUACGAACGAACGUGGGGACGGAGUUGCACGGCGGCAGGAGCUGUGAUCUUUAUCGCCUCCGACUUGGUGCUGGCCAUCGACCGGUUCUGCUUCACCGUGCCGCACGCCCGCGCCAUCGUCAUGUCGACCUACUAUGGGGCCCAGAUGCUAAUCUCGCUGUCCAUCGUCGAACAGAGCGAGCCGGAUAUGUUCUGGAAGCGGAAUUGA